GCUGAUCGGGCUGUUCAAGAAGGAAAGAAUUUGAUUGACACAUUGGCCAGGAUGACUUCAAGCAUGCCGCAGCAAGCAGCCAGCUCGCCAGAACGUCCAACAAGUGCUACGGUUCCCACUCAGCUUCUGCUGGAAAACUCUCCUUCAUUGCCACAGGAACAGCUACAGAGCCUCUUGCAGUCGGCCUCUCCCCAGGGACUUCAAAAGCUCGUGUCUUACCUCGCGCCGUUGCAUAACUUGCUUAACUCGAUACCCAAUGUAGCUAACACUAUGCGAGACCUUGGAAAUCGCCUGGAUAUGCUAGAAAACGGAUCCUUCAACUACGUGCAGCCAGAGGACCUCAAUCAGACGCUGGAGAUGUAUGAGGGUAGGCUUAUCGAUGUGGAACAUCGCCUGGACGAGCACGAUAGGAUGCACCAGGCUGCAGAUGAUCGUGGUAGCGACAGCCCUUUCAACCGAAAGCGCAUUGACAAGGAUAGCGCGUCUUUUGGAUCCGACCACUCUGCCAACUCCAUAACCUCAUCGGCUCUUAUCCUCGCGGCAGUGGAGCGUAAAGAAACAGAAAUGGAGCUUGACCACAUCAAGGAAAGACUGGAUGUGCUAGAAGCUGCAGCGCCACCCACAUCGCUGGCUCCCUGGGAAAUUGAAGUUGUGCUGCUACCAUGGGGGCCUGACUUACGAGGCAUCUGGUUCUCGCCGGACGAACCAAUGCACAACACAGACAAGGCCACAACCCAGAGCUCCGAAGAAUGGACUCAAGCCCGGACCUCGAGAACAAGCACAGAAAUACCCUUCUCAGAGACUCUGAGACGAGAUACCGACUCAAGCCCCUACUCAGCUGCUCCAACGCCAGGGAAGAAUUCAACAUUCAACCAGCGCGAAAGCGGAUGGAGCAACCAAGACAUUAGCAACUGGGCUUCAGGGUCUACUGACGACUGGCUGUUUGCCAAAGCAUGUGGAAGCAACAAUCUAGUCUACAAGCGACUUCAAAGCCGUGGCUUCGUGCGAAACAUUACCCUUCGGGGCGCUAGUGCCAAGGACGUACAGGAAACGCUAUCCCAUGCGUUCAACGAUGUUUUCGAUUACCUGCAAUACGACGACAGUGAUGAAAACCCUAUGAUUGCUGCUUACCCGGGCCUUCGGGCAUCGUACAUACCACUACGAAAAGUGCUCAGGGAAUCGCGACUCCGGUUUCUCACACCUGCUGAAAUGUCAAGCUCAGCGUUUUGGACUGCUCAAUUCCUCGCAUCUGGUGUCAUGAUGCGAGUCUCUGGAGGAAAAAAGAGGUUGUAUGUCACUCAUCGCGAAGCGUAUACACAGCAAGUCGAUCGAAACGAGUUUGUUGUUAUGGAACAGUCAUGGCCGGAGCUAAGACAAUUGCCUCGCUAUCAACCUGUCCAAAUCCCACAGGUGGAAGGCAAUGAUGAACAGGGUCAACCUCACGUUCCCGAAGCGGAUGCCAAAGAGACGUGCUGGCAAUUUGUCGAGGCCUACGAUGCUCCGCCUCCUAGUGUGCACUCUUCGUUCGGCAGCAACCACUCUGUCCAACUGUCUAUGCGACCUGCAGACCGACAAUGGCGGCGAUCCAUGACGCCCAAUUCCAUUCUGAAGAACAGGCAGCUUCAUCCUGUUUCUCCACUGAGCGAGAAUCAUCUGCGCCCAUCGCUCCACCGCAAUCGUACAGUAUCCACUUCGGCCAUGGACACAUUCCCGCCCAGCUCGGCCAAGCGCCGAUUGAAUACUUCUCCAGUCAAGCAGGCGUUUACUCCACAGACGUUGUCGCGCACUCCUAGUCUGAUGACGAGACUUAAAAGACGUCGCGUAACAGAUUCGUCAUCUCCAAGACCGGAAAACGCUCGGACAGAAGCUCCCGCCUCAAUAUGGAAUGCAACCCCUCGGCGUUCGCGGGAACCACCGUCACCAUUCUUUUCUUCGGAGCCUGCGCUACCACGGUCCAACUCGGACAUUGUGAGUAGGCCAAGCCAACGUUCUGUUGCUAUGACUGGCAAAUCAACGUUCGCUUAUGCAACACCACACUCGGGGCCUUUUGUAGCUGGUCCUGUCUUCAAUGCCUACAACAAUGCUGGCGACACAGAGCCAGACGACGACAACGACGAUGAUGACGGCGAGCAAAGUUGGCAUGGUGUUACCGAUGGCGAGAGUGUGUCGAGCUCUGUGGCUGGUGCUGCCAUUGGUGCGCAAGAGGCUACAAGUUUUUCGGGGGAUGACAGUGGCUUUGGUAGUGACAACGACAACGACGAUAGCGACGCGCAGUCAGAAGAUUCCGGUGAUCAUGCGCAACGGCGGCGCCUCGACACCGAAGAGGAUGAAGACGAUGUGUUCGACUCUCUCCUCAGUGUCAUUGAAGACUAAGCAUGCCUAUGCUGACUUCAAUUAUAAAAAGCGAUUUGUACAAAAUAUGGCAGGAAAUAUGGGAAUGGGCUGUGGGUUUACAUGUUAGUUUAGCGUUUCUUUGUUCCUGGAUUGUAUUGUACCAUGCGUAGUUCGGCCACGUCUCUUCUCGGGCCCUCGUUUGUAUUUCAUGGUCAUCGGAUUGUACAUUAUCGAAUAUUGGCUACAAGCAUAGCAUAGUGUGGCUAUGUG